AUGGCUCCAACUACAGCAGGUGCAGUGGCGAUCUACAAUCCCAAUGGGAUAGCCGCCAUCAUUGCUUUCCUAAUCUUCGGGGGUAUAGCUGCAGGUCUAUGGACAAGAUAUUUCCGCUUUGGCAAACCACGUCCCAAAUUCGCCUUACAAACGAUCUUGGGCGCAACCUUCAUGGCAUUGGGUUUUCUAUGUCGAUUUACUAGACGUAACCAUAUCAACGCCUGGUCCUGGCUGUUUGAAACGCUUUUCAUUCUCAUAUCCCCAUGUGCUUUUCUAGCGCAGAUGUACGGGCUGGUACCUCGGCUGGCGACAUAUCUGUACGCAGAUCGGCACCUCGUUAUCCAAGGCCGCUUCAUCGUCAUCCUUUUCGUUCUAGUAGAUAUCACCUUGGUCAUAGCUCAGCUGGCUGGUACAGCUUUGACCAUUACCUUUGGGAAGUUGGUGUCGAUCGGAGUGACAUUAACCACAGCAGCACUUUGGGUACAGCUGGGGUUUCUCGCUCUAUAUCUCUUCUUAAGCGGGAUAUUUCAUCAUAGGUUGAAACGGGACGAUCCUUCAUGGAGGUCAGAUCGAGAUGCGAACAGGAUAAUCUGGUUGAUCAUCAUCUCAUGUGUCUGUUUGCUUAUUCGAUCCAUAUACAGAGUAGCGGAAUAUACCUCCGGUGCAAGUAGCAAGCUUGCUCAGAGCGAACCCACGUUUUACCUUCUCGAUUCAAUCCCAAUACUUGUUCUAGUAUCGCUUUUCCUGGUUAUCUGGCCUCCGAUCUGCUUGGACAGUCCAAAGACCGCUCAAUCCGAUGUUUUUCAGAUGAGAUGA